CUCAAGUAUUUGGCAUGAAAUAUUAUACAUAAUUUCAUUACCAGGUUUUUAGCCUGGUACUAAAACCAUGAAGGAUGCACAAAACUACCUCCCCAGAGAAAGACUUGUCCCACUUUUGCCCCUAGGAUCUCAUGAAUAUAAUUGAAAAUAGCAUGUUCUUAUCAAAUACGAACACCAGCAACCUAUAUGAACUGAAAUACGACUUUUCUUGUGAACUCUACAGAAUAUCUACAUACUCUGCUUUCCCAGUCAAUGUUCCAGUCUCAGAAAGGAGUCUUGCUCGUGCUGGAUUUUAUUACACUGGUGUGAAUGACAGAGUUAAAUGUUUCUGUUGUGGUUUAAUGCUGGAUAAUUGGAAACAAGGAGACAACGCUAUUGACAAACACAAACAGCUAUAUCCUAGCUGUGCCUUUGUUCAAAAUCUGAUUUCAGUUAACAAUCUAGGAUCAUCCUCUCAGGCUGCAUUUUCUUCUUCAGGAAUAAAUAAUGUCACAUGUUCAUUAUCUCCCAAUUCAGAACAAAGUGGAUAUUUCAGUGGUUCUUAUUCUAGUUUUCCACUGGAUCCAGUGACUUCCAGGGCAGUUGAGGACUUGUCUUCUUUGAACACCAGCCCCUACAGUUAUUCAAUGAAUACUGAAGAAGCUAGAUUUCUUACUUACCAGACAUGGCCACUGACAUUUAUGUCACCAUCAGAUUUGGCAAAAGCUGGUUUUUACUACAUAGGACCUGGAGACACAGUAGCUUGCUUUGCCUGUGGUGGGAAACUGAGUAAUUGGGAACCAAAAGAUGAUGCCAUGUCAGAACAUCGGAGACAUUUUCCUAACUGUCCUUUCCUGGAAAAUCAACUCCAAGAAACAUCAAGGUUAAGCGUCUCUAAUCUGAGCAUGCAAACCCAUGCAGCCCGUAUGAAAACCUUUGUGACCUGGCCACCUCAAAUUCCUGUCCAUCCAGAGCAGCUUGCAAGUGCUGGCUUUUAUUAUGUGGGUUGCAAUGAUGAUGUCAAAUGCUUUUGCUGUGAUGGUGGACUGAGGUGCUGGGAAUCAGGAGAUGAUCCUUGGGUGGAGCAUGCCAAAUGGUUCCCAAGGUGUGAAUACUUGGCUGAAAUGAAAGGACAACAGUUCAUCAAUCAAAUUCAGGCUAAUUAUCCUCAUCUUCUUGAACAGCUGCUAUCUACAUCAGAUGCUUCAGUGGAUGAAAGUGUUGAGCUACCAAUUAUUCAUUAUGGACCAGGAGAAAACCAUGCAGAAGAUGCAGUCAUGAUGAAUACAUCUGUGGUCAGAGCAGCUUUGGAAAUGGGUUUUAAUAGAAGCCUAAUAAAACAGACAGUUCAGAGUAAAAUCUUAACAACUGGAGAAAACUACAAAACAAUCAGUGAUCUUGUAUCAGAUUUGCUUAAAGCAGAAGAUGAAACAAGAGAAGAGGAGAAGGAACAACAAUCUGAGGAAAUAGAAUCAGUGGAAAAGAACAUGAAGUAUAUUCCAGCAGAAGAUAUUUCUGACUUGUCAAUAGAAGAGCAGCUGAGGCGAUUACAAGAAGAAAGAACAUGUAAAGUUUGCAUGGACAAAGAAGUAUCGGUUGUAUUUAUUCCAUGUGGACAUCUAGUAGUUUGCAAAGAAUGUGCGCCUUCCCUAAGAAAGUGUCCUAUUUGUAGAAGUACAAUCAAGGGUACAAUUCGUACAUUUCUUUCAUAAAGAAAAAUUAAUAAUCUUCCAAACUUUUAUAACUAAGGAAUUUGAAAUGUUAUUUUACGCCUUCUUAAGUAAAGACUAUUGUUAUUUGUACCUGAUUAACUUCUAUUCUGACUUUUCCCCC